AUGAAUUUCACCUGUAUCUUUCUGUACACGCUCACUUGCUGGCUUUCCAAGAUAACUAUUGCAAGUCAAUGUAAGGCAGCAUCUUACUCCGUACAAGAUCACGUGCUUAUAAACCACACCAUCAAGGCCGGGCCUGCAGAGCUGAUUGAACACUGCAUCUCUCGGUGCAUAAGACAUCCCAGUUGCCAUAGCAGUAACUUUUAUCGCCAGAGCAGAUGGUGUGAACUGAAUGAUAAAACGCACGCUUCCCACCCUGAAGAUAUGAGACAAGUUCCAUUUACAAACUACAUGGAGAAUACUCUCACACCACUCACCUGCAACAAAGACUCAGACUGCGGCAAAAAUUUGAUUUGUUUUGUAUCGAAGUGCGUAGGUAAGGUUUAGUGACACACGCGCGAAGUAUACAUAUAUAACCUUGUAAUUUUUUUUUCUUAAUUUAUGAUUUGUUUACCCACGGAGCAGUUAGGAGUUCUUAAGAGCUCGUUGAAACGUGUCCGUGCGUUUCAGAUCGAAUUGGAACUUUUUGGAAGUGUUGGUUUUUAAGGAGAGGGUAAAACCGGAAUAACCGUAGAGAAAUCUCUCGGAGUAAAGGAGAGAACCAACAACAAACUCAACCCACAUAUGGCGUCGACGCCAGGAUUCGAACCCGGGCCACCUGUGGUGGAGGCGAGUGCUCUCACCACUGCGCCACCCUUGCUCUUCAUCACUCUUGUGAUGCAGCACUUCGAAACUAUGAUAGACACAAAUUGGGUCAUGGCCAAGUAUUUUUUGCUGGUAUUUUGUUGACUUAAUGGCAAAAUGAAAUACCAUAUAUUCAACGUAUUUGUUUUAUCUCUUUUCCAGCUUUGCCCCUGGAUCCGGGCUAGAGCUACAGGCCUUAACUCUGCAUUAUAUUCACAGUUUUUCCGACGCAAAUUUGACUCCCGUAUCGAGUUCAAUCGAGCUGUUCGCACUAACGAGAACAAGUACUAAACCUUACUUAAGGAUGGGUUUCACAACGGAGUCAAACUUACAUAAUUUGCUGAUCCAAAUGUUUGCAAAUAAUGUCGUUUUUCUGUUUGGAUCACUUAACAGAAUGUAGUAUUCAUGCACUUGGAAUGGAAAAUAACCUUUUGCCGAAUUCAGCCAUCACAGCCUCCUCGGUAUGGCCGGACCCUGGACACGAAUCUUGGCUAGCUCGUCUAAAUAAUGUCCCAGUUGGCAUAUUUUGGGGCUCCUGGUCAGCGGCAUCGAAUGAAGCUGGCCAGUGGUUACAAAUUGAUCUCGGGGAGGAGAGGCUGGUGACAAAACUUGCUACACAGGGGAGGCCUUCCCCAGAGUGGCCUCAAUGGGUGACGUCAUACAAAAUUUUGUUUAGUUUACACAACUAUAAAUGGGAGGAAUACAAGGAAAAUGAUUUUGUGAAGGUAUGCGAUGCUGUUUUACUUUUUUUUUUCAAGAGGAAUCUUUCACAUACGAGGAAAGGCCAUCGCCACCUGCCAUCGCCAAUUUCUUUUAAUCCUUCAGAAUGUUAAACUGUUAAAACAUUUCGUUUCUGUUCUAUUGCAGUUUUUGAGUUUGUAUGAUUGUGUUAUACAUUUAUUAAUCAGAAUAUGAAUUUUAUUGAAAGGUUAAAAAGCUAAAGGUAAGGUUAUAGUGGAAAGUACACUUAGCUCAUCCAGCUAGCUUACAGGCCCCCUACUUAAAUAAUUAGGAACAAAUAAUCCAAACAGCGGAGGAUUAAAAACCCCAACUGGUGGGAGGCAACCAGUUGGCUACAAGCGUGGCCGAGGAAUUGANCAUCACAGCCUCCUCGGUAUGGCCGGACCCUGGACACGAAUCUUGGCUAGCUCGUCUAAAUAAUGUCCCAGUUGGCAUAUUUUGGGGCUCCUGGUCAGCGGCAUCGAAUGAAGCUGGCCAGUGGUUACAAAUUGAUCUCGGGGAGGAGAGGCUGGUGACAAAACUUGCUACACAGGGGAGGCCUUCCCCAGAGUGGCCUCAAUGGGUGACGUCAUACAAAAUUUUGUUUAGUUUACACAACUAUAAAUGGGAGGAAUACAAGGAAAAUGAUUUUGUGAAGGUAUGCGAUGCUGUUUUACUUUUUUUUUUCAAGAGGAAUCUUUCACAUACGAGGAAAGGCCAUCGCCACCUGCCAUCGCCAAUUUCUUUUAAUCCUUCAGAAUGUUAAACUGUUAAAACAUUUCGUUUCUGUUCUAUUGCAGUUUUUGAGUUUGUAUGAUUGUGUUAUACAUUUAUUAAUCAGAAUAUGAAUUUUAUUGAAAGGUUAAAAAGCUAAAGGUAAGGUUAUAGUGGAAAGUACACUUAGCUCAUCCAGCUAGCUUACAGGCCCCCUACUUAAAUAAUUAGGAACAAAUAAUCCAAACAGCGGAGGAUUAAAAACCCCAACUGGUGGGAGGCAACCAGUUGGCUACAAGCGUGGCCGAGGAAUUGAACUAGAGACAACCAAGAACAAAUCCAACAAGUGGCCAGAGCGGGACUUGAACCCGGGACUGCCGGAUUGGGAGUCCAAUGCGCUGACCUAUCGGCCAAGCUGCCUCAUCCAAUCUGUGUCACAGUCAUCACACAUCAACCUCUGCCCGCCCAUAACAGCCACUUGAUCUUUGCCUUCAGCGAGAGCAAUCGAGAGGUUUCUGUGCAAUUAUUUAAACGUAACUAUCAGUAAAGAACUGGUUAGACGUGAACGUUUUCGCCGAAUGUACUUAUUCUCUUUGCAGGUUUUCACUGGAAAUACUGACCGAAACACAAUCGUGUCACAUGCUGCAAAAUUCCGGGCCAGAUACGUGCGAUUUGUUGUGUUAGCGUGGAAUGGGCAUAUAUCCAUGCGAGUUGAGUUGUAUGGCUGUGCUUACCAUAACUGA